AUGGUUGCUGCUUUCGUCGUCGUGCUGACGCUGUGGCUGCUUUAUUCCAAGGGGUUUCUUUACUCUGGUGACGCGGUGGCCCUGGAUGCGUCGAAGUUUCAGUCUUUCAAGCUGGUUGACAAAAUAUCUGUGAGCCACAACAGCUUUAUCUUCCGCUUUGCCCUGCAUUCACCCACGCAGCGGCUUGGACUUCCCAUCGGACAGCACAUCUAUAUUCGGAGUGCGGUUGUUAACGCAGAUGGAAAGUCAGAGAUGGUGCAGCAUGCGUACACACCCGUU